CAAUAAUAAUAAUAAUCAAUAAGAUCAGAGGUGUUUAUAUUUACAGUCUCUGGUUUCAGACUCUUAUUUUGGUAAAAGUCACAUGACUUCCGUUCACAGCUGUCUGUCUAAAAUUAACCCCCCCCCCCACACACCCAUCUAGGGUAUCAGCAGAGAGAGAGUGUGUGUGUGUUCAUUCAGAGAGCUGAUCAGAGGAAGAAACAACCAAAACUAACCAGAUGAUGACGCUGUCUCAGAUCACGCCCACGCUGUUCCUCAGCGGCGCCGACGCCCCCCUCAACGCCGCGCUGAUGUCACAGAAAGGCAUCACGCUGAUUGUCAACGCCACGCUCAGCCACGCCUGCCCCGCCUACCCGGGGGUGGAGUGCGUGCGGGUUCCCGUCCCCGACCUGCCCAGCGCUCGCCUCGGAGACCACUUUGACCGAGUGGCCGAGCGUAUCCACGGCAACCGUGGGCGGGGCACUCUGGUGCACUGCGCCGUCGGUAUGAGCCGUUCGCCGGCGUUAGUGAUGGCGUACCUGAUGCGGUACCGAGCGGUGACGCUCCGCCAGGCGCACCGCUGGGUGCAGGACAGCCGGCCUUUCGUCAGGCUGAACGCCGGCUUCUGGGAGCAGCUGCUGCAGUACGAGAGGAGGCUGUACGGCAAGAACACGGUCAGGGUGGCCGCGGUCAGAGAGACGCCGACGCCACCGCCGGCGCCCAGGUCGGUGCCGCCGCAGCAGACCAACCGGCUAACGCUGGUCCACAAGUCGCCUCUGAUGAUCCGGGCAUCACUGAUGUCACCGUCGCAGGCGAUGACGCCAGCAAACAAGCGAAGAAGAGGAACCAAAUCCAGCAGCAUCAAAGUCUGAACGCUGAGGGGCCGCCGACGGAACGCCGAGGGACAGCUGACAGAACGCCGAGGGGACGCCAAGGGGCCGCAGAGGGGCCGCUGCUCGCAAACACAAAAAACAACCUUUUCUUCCUUGUGUAAACCUACAUAACCCACAAUGCAACUGGACCACUGACAGCGGAGGUCAGGGCGGUGGCGACCUGCGACCAAACGGACUUCACCGACGUUGUGACGACGUUCCACAUUUAUUUAGUUAAACUGAUCUGAUGUUGUAAAUCUAAAUGUUUCUGUCUCAGCUGGAAAACAUUCAAUCUGAUUAUUACACGGCUCUGUUGAA